ACUACCUUCUCACAGGGGUUUUAAAAAAUAAAAUAAAAUAAAAUAAAUUUAACUUAGGGCAAGUAUUUCAGACGACCCAAUCUGCUUCGACACUCCGCAGGGCGCAGCCUCCGCUAUCGCCUCAGGAUCAGGUGACAAGCAGGACACUCUUCUUAGGAUCUCAUUAGGUUAUUUGUCUUGAACUUGAAUCAAAUCAUUGCAUAUUGAGGGCCUCACAUUUGAAAGUUCGCCUGGGGCCUCUCAAAAUAUUUGGAAUCUCAGGUCCGGCCCUGCUGCAGCUGUAGUAUCAGACUCACCCUCUACAAAUAAUUUUGAUUGAUCGGUUGAGAGAUGGGAGAGAGAAAGGUUUUGAACAAGUAUUACCCGCCGGACUUCGAUCCGGCGAAGAUACCGAGGAGGAGACAGCCGAAGAACCAGCAGAUAAAGGUGAGGAUGAUGCUCCCCAUGAGCAUCCGUUGCAACACCUGUGGAAAUUAUAUAUAUAAGGGCACCAAGUUCAAUUCCCGCAAAGAAGACGUCAUUGGCGAGACAUACUUGGGUAUCCAAAUAUUUAGGUUCUACUUCAAAUGCACCAGGUGCUCAGCUGAGAUUGCGAUGAAGACAGACCCUCAAAAUUCAGACUACGUAGUUGAGUCGGGUGCAACAAGAAAUUUCGAACCUUGGCGUGCAGAGGAUGAGGAAGUAGACAAGGAGAAGCAGAAAAGGGAUUCUGAAGAGAUGGGUGAUGCAAUGAAAUCUUUGGAGAAUAGAACCUUGGACUCAAAAAGAGAGAUGGAUAUCCUUGCUGCACUGGAUGAAAUGAAGUCCAUGAAGUCGAGACAGGCAACUGUCAGUGUAGAUGUGAUGCUUGAGGUUUUGCAACGCUCAGCGGAGGAAAAGGAAAAGAAGUUGGAAGAGGAGGAUGAAGCGCUCAUAAAAUCAAUAUUUCAAGGAUCAAGAGUCCCUGUCCAAAAAAGAAUCCAUGACGAAGAUCUUGAUGAUGAUGAUGAUGAUGAAGAUUUGACUCAUUCAACUGCCAAUGGUGAAAUUGGGAACAGUGAUUUAAAGAAGAGAAAGGUUUCUGAAGAGCUUCCUAAUAACCCAACAGAUUGUCUGACUGAAACAAGUAUUCCCAACAGCUCCAAUGGUGAAGAAAAAUCGGUACGGCUUAGGGCGCCAUCAGUCAAAUUUAAUGUUGUCAAGAAACCUCCAGUGGUUUCUAAUAGUAACAAGCCAGCAGAACAGGAAAACAAAGCAAGCAUCGGGCUACAAUCAUUAUUCCAAAACUAUGAAAGUGAUGAAGACGAUUAGAUUGGUGCUGUAAACGACUACACUUUGCAAAAGCAAUUGCAGAUAGUUUAUUGAGGCAUGGAGUGAGCUGCUAGAUCCCCAAUUGGGGGAUAUUGAGGCAAAAUUGAAGCCUUUGUUGAUCAUGACAUGGAGUGAGCUGCUAGACCUCACCAACCUUGAGCUACCAUUACUGUACUGGGAUGUUAUUAUGCAAAAGUUGUGCAAUAAUGUUGACCAUUACUGUACUGUACUGCAACUUUUGAUUGUGUAAUUCUGUUGAUAUUAUCUUCAAUAUCCAUUCAAUGUGUUCAAAGCUGAA